GCCGUCAAAAAAGUCAAAUCGAUGAGAAAUUUAAUGUCAAAAGACAACAUUCAAGCUAAGAUAUGUUUAGUGGAUAAAAUAUUGCAUUCCGGUAUGUGUGCUAAAGAAACACAUCCGCAGGGAAACAGCUGUUUUGUUUUCACUUUGCCUUGCUGAUAAGAUAAAAUAUUUGUUGACAACGUAAAAGGAAAUUAUGGUUGAACAGGCUGCGGAGGACUAUGCAAAAAUUUUGCAAAGCAUUAAUUUGGAACGAGAGAUUAAUCCGAUUUGUAUAAGUAUUGAGGAUAUGUUGGCACGACUGGACGAAUUCGAAACACUGCUUUCGAGUGUGCGAGCAGAAAACAACAGCAUAUUGGAGAAUCACGUCAGUGGCAUACUUGCAUAUAGCGAUAGUUUUCAGAAUCUAUGCGAGCGCAUAGAUAAGUUAGAACAAUUUGUUGAAAAGGUAAAUACUAACGUCAAUGAAGUGGAAAACUCAAUCGAUAUUGCGGAGCUUGAGUUGAAUGUUACAGAUUAUAGUUUGAAGGGUUUACUUAUUAAACCCCUCCUGGCCAAAGCCAAAGCGUCGGGUAUUUCUUCUGAAGCACCGGAGCAGCCGCAAAGUAACUUAAAAGAUGGCGAAUUUCAACCAGUACAAGUAUUUCAAACAAAUGUACACUUUGAUAGCAGCCAAAUUAGUUAUAGUGAAGAGGCACAAGAAUAUCAAACUAGUUAGUUGUGCUUUAAACCUUAGUUAUUAAAUAUAAAAUACAUGAAGUUUAGUCAAUUGAACAGUGUGGUUAAAGUGGAGGCCUACAUAUAUACUAGAUAGUUAAUCAUUAUUCCAAACACUUUAAAAGUUGCAAUAUAAAAUAUUUAAUUUGUUAUUUUAUCUAUAGUGUAAAUAUGUGACAAGUAUAAAGUUAUCCACGGAUUAUUUAAGAAGAACUCAAAAAAUUGUAUACGCACUAGUUGCUUUCAAGUCCACAUAUGUACAUAAGAACAUAUUUUAUAUCUUUGUCGGUAGACAAUAUUUUAAAAAUAAAGGUCAAUGAAUUUAUUAUUAA